AGCAGCAGAGGCUAGCAACCAGUACAGCCUACUGUGCCGAAGUCAAGGGAGGUUUUUCCACAAUUAUUUUAACACUGAGAGGAAAUUUUCUGUUUGACAAGAUAUUGAUGUCAUUUUGUGGAACCCAAAACGGCGGCCGCCGCAGUAAAUGGGACCAGCCCGGCCCGGGCAAUGGCUCCGGUGGGAUGGGGGAGGCUGAGGCUGCACCCACCGGGGCUCUGGAUGCUGCAGCUGCCGUGGCUGCGAAGAUCAAUGCUAUGUUGGUCGCUAAAGGCAAACUCAAACCCUCGCAGAUAGGCACCCCGGGACCUCCUGACAAGGUUGUAGGUGUGAAGCCUCCAGUGUCAACAAAGGCAAAGGAUGACCUGGUUGUAGCCGAGGUGGAGAUCAAUGACGUCCCGAUCACCUGUCGGAAUCUGCUGACACGUGGACAAACGCAAGAUGAGAUCAGUAAAGUGAGCGGUGCUGCGGUUUCAACCAGAGGCCGCUACAUGACGGCAGAGGAGAAGGGCAAAGCGUUACCAGGGGAUCGGCCUCUAUAUCUGCACGUCCAAGGACAAUCUAGAGAGCUCGUCGACAGGGCAGUUAAUAGAAUCAAGGAGAUCAUAACUAACGGUGUGGUGAAGGCUGCGACUGCCUCAUCAACUUCUUCACCCUUCACCCCGAGUGGAGCUUCAGUCACAGUUUACCAACAGCACAACCCCCCUCCUCCCUCUCUGCCCCCCAUCACACACCACAAACCACAUUUUCAGUCCGGGAUGCAUUAUGUUCAAGAUAAAAUCUUUGUGGGACUAGAGCACGCUAUCCCGGGGUUUGUGGUCAAAGAGCGGGUCGAGGGCCCCGGCUGUUCGUACCUGCAGCACAUUCAGGCGGAGACGGGGGCCAAAGUCUUCCUGCGAGGAAAAGGGUCAGGCUGUUUAGAGCCCGCCUCUGGGCGAGAGGCCUUUGAACCCAUGUACAUCUACAUCAGUCAUCCUAAACCAGAAGGACUUGCAGCGGCAAAAACCUUGUGUGAAAACCUGCUACAGACAGUCCACGCAGAGUAUUCUCGCUUCCUCAAUCAAAUGAGCUCUAUGAUGCCAACACAACAAGGCUUUGCACAGCCCCCAAUGGUGAACGGGAUGCCUCCGCAGCCUUCUUACUACCCUCCUGCAGGAUACCAGCCAGGCUACGCCAUGCCUGUACCACCACCUCAGCCACAACCCGUCUCUCUACCUUACACUGUCCCACCUCCUAUACACCCAGCAGCACCUACAGGAGUGCCUCCUCAGUAUUCUCUCCCCCCUGUCCCUGUCCCUGUCCCUACUCCUGUCCCUGCUCCUGCUCCUACCCACACCCUCGCUCCAGCUCCAGCUCCGGUGCCAGCCCCAGCACCGGCUCCUGCCCCUGUUCCUGCUCCUGCUUCGGGCACUAUGCCACCACAGACUCUUCCCCCUGUACCUUUUCCUCCAUCAGCUUCAGCGCCGCCCAAAGCGCCACUUCCUGCUGCUCCAGCCAACCCGCCGCAGAAGAGACGCUUCACGGAGGAGGUCCCAGACGAGAGGAACAGCGGUCUGCUUGGAUACCAGCAUGGACCCAUUCAUAUGACUAAUUUAGGUGCAGGCUUCCCCGUGGGCAACCCAGAGAGUACAGGACCCCCACCACAGAGUUCCUCCGGCCCACCGAGUGAGAGGGACAGUCGGCAGCUAAUGCCUCCGCCUCUGCUGCCUGUGAAUGGAGUGAGACCCAAGAUGGAGGAGAGAAGGGCACCGCAAGGCCCCGUGGAUCCCCCAGUGAAGAGAUUGAAAACAGGUUUGGUGGCGUACGCCGGCGACUCCUCUGACGAAGAGGAAGACCACUCAACCUCAAAAGCCUCUGGGACAGGUAACCCUGGAGCUGCACCCCCCACCUCCACCUCCUCAGGCUGGACACCGGGCUAUCGCUGCCCGCCUCCGCCACCCCCUCGCCCUAAAACGCAGCCACAGCAGCAGUCUAUGCCUUUUUGGAUGGCACCCUAAAAACAGGAAAAAAAUCCCUCAGUGCUUUGUGCCGAGUCUUACGGGAUGUUCACCCAAACUGAGCCUGUCUUUUCCAUCACCCUUCAUCACACCGAUGACUCUUAACAGCUACAUGUUGGUUGCAGCGUUAUUUUAGUACUUGGGUCCAAACGGACGUGCUAAUGUUUUGGAAAAGUGUUUCUUUUGGUGCGCACAUUAUAGUUUGAAGAUUUGCAGGACUGAAACUCCAAACUAUUUUGUGGAUGUAUAGCUGGUCAGAUUUCUGCCUCCAGUGUUAUUUUGGAAUGAUUUUACGCCAGGUGAAUAUAAAAUAAUAUCACAAGGCAAUGAUGUUGCACGUCACUGACCACUUUUCUUUCUUUUUUUUUUUUAUCCCAAAGUACAGCUUUUUGUACUUUGUCACCUCCUUUCCUUUCCUUUCUCCCUGUCCAAGUCACUGACUCCGUUCUUUCCUAUUCUGGUCUUUUUGUACAGAUUAUGUCGGACUAAUAUGUAGUAAACCUAUUGAAUUUAUUUCAUGCUUUUAUGAAAUAAAUAAACUUAAUUUAUUGCCGUG